UGAGUCCACCAGGUGACGAUAUUCAUGCACGCUGACAGUCGCACGUGACCAACACAAGAAGAAGAAGAAGAAGAAGAUGAAGCAGACGCUUUUCGCGUAAAUACUCAACAGCAGUGGACAAAAUAGGAAGACUAAAAGAAUGUGUAAUGACUGACAGAAAUCUGCCAGCAUGGAUGAACUAUAAAUCCCAUGAGGACAAACCCACAUUAGGAGCAUAUAAGAAGAAUGUUCUGGAAGAUUCUCUUCCUUACCUGGAGUUUAGUGGAACGGUCGUGUACAGCCAGGAAAAAAACGACUGCUCAUUUCUGUCAGAAGAUUUCAGAUCAUGUUUGUCGUGUGAUUCAGUGGUGGGCUUUGAUGUGGAAUGGCCGCCCAGUUACACUAAAGGAAAGUCAAAGAAGGUGGCUGUGGUUCAGUUGUGUGCGUCAGAGGAGAAAUGUUAUCUGUUCCACAUCUCCUCCAUGUCAGGCUUUCCUCCCGGCCUGAAGGCCUUUCUUGAAGAUGAGAGCAUCGUGAAGGUCGGCGUGGGAAUCCAGGGAGACAAGUGGAAGUUAUUAUCUGAUUAUGAAAUUAAAGUGAAGAGUGUGCUGGAGCUUUCUGAUCUGGCCAACAAUACUUUGAGAUGCACUGAGAAAUGGAGUCUGGAUGGGUUGGUGAAGCACUUGUUGAAGAAUCAGCUUUAUAAAGACAAGCAGGUGCGCUGCAGUCAGUGGGACGACUUCAGUCUGACAGAAGAACAGAAGAGAUACGCCGCCACAGACGCUUACGCUGGAUUCCUCAUUUAUAACAAACUACACGUCAUGAUGGAGUCUGAGCGCAGGAUUUCUUCAGCCGUGGAUCUCAAGCAGAGAGUUUAUCAGAUGUCUGGUGAUCUGCGGGAUCUGGCCGAUGGAUGUCCUGAGGACGUGAGCUGCUCGAGCAGGGCUGUGAAGCUGUUGGAUGAUCUCGCUCACACUCUUCAGUCUCUGAGAUCAUGUUUGUUAAAGAGCGACAGAGCGGCCGAUGACACACGGACAGCAGAAGACACGGGUCAGAAGUCUGACACACACUGUGUGAUGUCUGAGGAUGAGCGUCAGAUGCUGGAGAUACAGGCCAGACAGGAGCAGAUGGACGAGGAGUGUAUUUUAGCUUUCCAGACUCAAGAGCAGUCGGCCCAGAAUGAGACUGAUGAAGAUUUGGAUGAUGAAAUGAUGAAGUGUGCUGAACAUGUGGAGAAAGAGAACCACGGACACAAACAGUCUGCUGCUGAAGAUGAGGAUGAGGAUGUUGAAGAAGAUGAGGAGGAGGUGUUUGAUUCAGACAUCCCACAGGCCGAUCAGAUCAAAUGUCUGAAAAUGUACUUUGGCCAUCAUAACUUCAAACCGGUUCAGUGGAAAGUGAUUCGGUCUGUUCUUGAGGACAGGAGGGAUAAUCUUGUUGUCAUGGCAACUGGUUAUGGGAAGAGUUUGUGUUUUCAGUUUCCUCCUGUGUACUGUCAGAACAUCAGUGUGGUGAUCUCUCCUCUCAUCGCUCUCAUGGAGGAUCAGGUGCUUCACUUACAAAUGUCAAACAUUCCCGCUUGUUUUCUUGGAUCCGCUCAGACCAGAAAUCUGUCUGAAGAUGUGAAGAGGGGUCAGUUCAGAGUGGUGUACAUGACACCUGAGUUUUGCUCUGGAAACAUUCCUCUGCUCGCUCAGCUCAACCGCACCAUCGGUUUAUCUCUGAUCGCUGUGGACGAGGCUCAUUGUAUCUCUCAGUGGGGUCAUGACUUCAGAAGUGCGUAUCGUGACCUUGGCAAACUCAAGACAAAUCUCCCAGAGGUUCCUAUUUUGGCUCUGACAGCCACCGCGAGUCCAUCUAUCCGUGAUGAGAUCGUGAAGAGUCUUCACCUGGUCAAUCCCAUCAUGACCUGCACCUCGUUUGAUCGGCCCAACCUCUAUCUGGACGUCAGUCGCAAAAGUGCUGAUGUUAUUCAGGAUCUCAAACAGUUUCUCAUUAAAAAGAAAGGGGGGGGUUUGGAGCUGGAGGGCUCUGCCAUUGUGUACUGUCCGUCGAAGAAAGAGGCGGAGCGUGUGACGGCGGCGCUGUGUAAGCUGGACGUCUCGUGUGGACUUUAUCACGCUGGUCUGAGCAUCAAACAGAGAAGAGAAACUCACCAUCAGUUCAUGAGAGACGAGAUUCAGUGCGUGGUGGCCACAGUGGCGUUUGGGAUGGGCAUCAACAAAUCUGACAUCAGGAAGGUGAUUCAUUACGGAGCUCCUAAAGAGAUGGAGUCAUAUUAUCAGGAGAUCGGGAGAGCCGGUCGAGACGGUCUGCCCAGCUCAUGUCACGUCUUAUGGACGUCUGCAGACAUGGCACUGAACCGAUUCAUUCUCAACCAGUCCAGAAGUGAACACUUCAGAGAAUAUAAAAUCAGCAUGAUGGCCAAAAUGGAGAAAUAUCUUAAUUCAGCCAAAUGCAGACGAAAGUUGAUUUUGUCUCAUUUUGAAGACAAGCGUCUGAGAAAGGUGACGUCUGGCAUUCUGGGUAGUGAUCAGUGUUGUGAUAACUGCAGGUCGGGUGUGAAGGAGGGUGAUGCAGACGGGCUCCAGCAGGACUUCGGCUUGUGUUCGUAUCAGCUGAUGAAGGCCAUCAGGAUCAUGGAGGAGAGGUUUGGCAUCACAGCGCCCAUUCUCUUCCUGCGGGGCUCAAACUCUCAGCGUGUACCCGAUCGCUAUCGUAAACAUUCACAUUUUGGCAUUGGUAAGGACUUCUCGGAGUGUUGGUGGAAAGCUCUCGGGCGAGAACUCAUAGUUGAACAAUAUCUGACGGAAGCUACGGGUCACAACAAAUUCGCCACCCUCUGUAAACUCACAGCAAAGGGCAGAUCGUGGCUGAAUGACGCUGACAAUGAGACACACAGAAAACUUCUGCUGCAACCCAACAGAGAUCUGUACAUCAGAGUGUCUGUACCACGCAGGACGUCACAUGUGGCGCCGGAGGAGUCUUACACUUCCAGUAAACAGUCAGAUUUCACACAGAGGUCAAAGGUCAGUUCUGGGGUGGACAGCCGUCACAUGAUAGAGAAAGUGGGCGUAUCCUGCAGAUCAUCAGUGAGACAGUCAUCAUCAUCUCACACUCCUGUUGUUAAAACUCAAACACCAGCUGUGUCUCCCAGAGAAAUACAACUACAGUCGGAUCUGUACUGUAAGCUGGUGUGUGAGCGUCAGAAGUUAGCCAGUCUUAAAAACAUCCCACCAGCUCUACUGGCCACCAAUAAGAUCCUGCUGGACAUGGCCAAACUAAGGCCGUGUACAGUCAGCAGCUUAAAACAGCUGGAUGGAGUUUCAGAAGCUAAAGCGUCCAUGCUGACUCCUCUGAUUGACAUCAUCAACACUUUCUGUCCCUCACACACAUUACUGGCGGAUGUGUCCAGCAGUUCUGUUGCAGACGUCCAGUCAGAGUCCAGCCGUGACUGUGUGUGUCCGUCCCUACCCGACAGCGUUUCGGUCACAUACAGACUCUUUCAGACGGAGCACAAGACUCUGAGGCAGGUGGCAGACGUUCGCUCUGUGCCUGUGGCUGUGGUGGAGUCUCAUCUGUUACAGGCUCAGAAGAUGAACUGUCCCAUCGACACAGAGAGAGCUGGACUCUCACCAUCCAUCUACAACACCAUCAUAAACAUCAUCACAUCUCCUCCUCUCAGCUCAGACAUGAGUGAUUUCAAAGCCAUCAGGAGUCAUGUUUCUGAUGACAUCAGCAACUUUCUGCUGAGACUGGCGCUGUGUAAACUCCAGAGAGAAGGUUUAGCAUCUGUACGUCAGGAGAUCAGCUGGAUCGAGCCGCUGGAGAAAAGCAGCCGUGCAUGUGAUGGUGUGAUGCAGGCGUCAGAUGUCAUGGAUCAGAGUGAAGAUGAGCUCUUUAUUGAUGUUCCAAUGCCACAGGAGGAUCUGGGCUCCGCCUCUGACGGGCGGCUCAAGUCAUGUGACGUGACUCUUCACAGCAGCGGUAUGAAUUUAACCUCCUGGAAUCAGGACAACCUGGAUCAAGACACGCAGGAACUCUUCAGUGAUUCACCUGCUGAGCUAAUUUUUACUGAAUGCAGACCUUCCGCGAGGAAAAGCCGAUUACUUUUAAGACGGUGAGUCAGCCAGCCAAGAGAAAACUGCCGGACUGGACAGAAGGACCAAACACUUCUCUAACCGCUGCUGCUGUAAAGAAAAGCAAAAAGAAGAAAGGACUUUUCAAUUGAUAUGCUGGACCAAACAUGUAUUAUGCUUUUUAAACCUUAACAUUUCAAAUAAAUAUGUUUCCUGUUUCA